AUGACAGCAGACUAUAACGACGAUAAGCUACAGAAGGGCAGACAAUGGCGGGACAGGAGCAGACGAAGGAUUGCAAUUAGUACAUUCAUAUGGGAAUUCCACGCGGAAACGCGUGUCCCCACCGGCGGCGCGGGUCCAGGAUUAGGCUGGCGCAUGUCGGCACCGGGGCUGGGAAAACGUCGGCCAGUCGGGCCCGCAGUGGGAGCGCGGCGCCGCGCUGGUCGCUGGUCAUGCGCCCCGUCGUGUCUAUGUCUGCCUGCUCGGCUCGAGCGAGCGCGUCGACCGCCGGUGCCCCGAGACCGCGCUCCAGUACGGGCCCUGCUUGCUCCGCAGGCCCGUGAGCAGGUUGUAGAUCACGAGCCGCACCCGCGGCAUGAAAUACGCGAGCGUCUGCGGCGACGCGUCCUCGCCCAGGCAGGUCUCGAGCACCUCACGGAGGCUGGGAAUGCCCGGGUUGGUGCCGGAGAGAAGCGCGAAGGUGGGCUUCUCAAUGCGUGCGCACACCCCGGGAGGACCGGACGUGCGCAGCGUCCGUUGCAAGGCCCUGACGUAACGAGAUGCUCACCUCAUGUCGACGUUGUGCCGCCAGAAGACGUCCACGGUCGCGUUGAACUGGUGGCCGACGAGGACGAACGCGUCGCUGACCUGGUCUUCGGAGGCAUGGCGCAUGCCCCAGAGCUGGAGCAGCUCCUGCAGCUGCUUCGUGAGGCCAAGCAGGCGGGACACUGCGUUGUGGACGUCCGAGGGGGUGGUGGGGCGCGAGUUUGGUCGCGAGGACGAGGGGGAGUGCAGGGGGGACGAGGGCUGUGCUGCUCGUCAGACGCGCCCAGGCAGCGCGACAGCAGACCGCGGAUACUCACCGAGUCGGGGGUGACUGGGCUGCUGCUGCGCCGCCGCCAAGUGGGGGCCAUGCCGGGGGCGGAAUGGGAGGAGCAUGCAAGGAUGUUGUGCAGCGGCUGGAGGGGAGAGGCUGUAUUUGAGGGUGUCAGGGGCGGCGUUGGACGAGAGGACAUGAUAUAUACGGUAGCUGGGAGCAAGCGAGACAAGGCGCCCUGCGCGCCCGGACGCGCUGCCGAUAGCACACCCUAUCUGAAUCGGGCCGCCACCACGCGGCGCGCAUUCCAGCACAACUUCUGCGGCCCUAUCGGUUCCUUGGCUAAGUCCGGGUCUGGCGGAAGAAGCAGCCAUUUCGGGUUUCUUAGCGGGGAAGCGCAGGCGCCCCGGGCGCGUCCCCCCGAUCCUGGCGGUUCCCCGGCCGGUGGCGGUUACCUGCCAUCGCGAGGAUACAAGGACAACCAGGGGCUGCGCGCACUGCGCACAGUUGUUGUCCUAAAGGCGCAGGGACGUCCACAGCUCGUAACAGGCACUCGACCGCCCCAUCUCUAUGCCUCCUACGCUCGCUGGCGUACGCGGCCAGACGCCCGCACGCUUCCUGAAACGCCCACGUCCGCAGCCAACGCACUGCGCCAGCUGACCAAGAUGUUCGCCGGCGAUGCGUCAUCGUCGCCUCUUCGUGCGCGGCUCGAUCCCGCAGAAAUUGAAGGAGCGCCACCAGGCAGCUCUGAGCUCCCCGGCCGAGCCCACUCGCUCCCUAAGGGAAGCCGUCUAUUCUUGCUGUCCAAAAGGGCAGCCCCUCGGCUCUUCCCUGUGCGCGUACAGCAGUCACCGAGUACUGAGUACUGCGUGCGAGUCUCCGUGGUGGGCGGGGCACGCCAUACCGCGUGGACGUGGUUUUCCACGACGAAGAGCGCAUCUGCCGCAUUCGGCGUCGCGGCCGGUGGGGCCCUCCCUGCCCCUGACUCACGCGCGCCAGCCUGGCUACCUGACCACGCCCGAAAAGACACCGGCGAACGCGGGGUGGAUCGUCGGUCCGUGCGAAUAGGGGAAUCGAAUGCACGGGACGCUGCUGUUUCACCGACGGCUGGCGGCACUUGGCUUGUGCGGAGAACAGGUUUCAGAUUCCAGGGCUUGCUUAGCUCGAGCACGAAGAUACUGGACCGAGCAGAACAGCAGAUUGACGCCGCGUCGCGCAUCAUGAUGAGGAUCGCGUCAUGCCUCUUGCGGCAGGUCGACGUCUGUUUCUGGCGGGGUGCGUACUACCAGUUGUUGCCAUCACAGGGCUUUGAUGGGGAGACCGCUGACGAUCUGCUGUCACACGAGAAGGCCCUUGAUAAAUGGCUCGAACCACAGAAGCUGGUGGAAGGGCAAGGACGGGAGGAGCAGCUAGCUCGCGUCGUGCGGCGGAUGAGGGAUUGUCCGGCACGUACACACAAGCCCGCUUUUGUGCGAUUCCUAUGGAUUGGUGUACUCGGCUCGUGUGCGUCGUUCGGCGCACAAGGGGGCGGUGUGUGCGAUGUAGACGCCAGCAUCGCCACAAAGAAGGUUUUGCUUUUUGGUGGCGGAAGAGGCCGCGACGGCCAAGCGACACGGGACACACAUCCAACCAACCAAGAUACAAACGUCACUGAUGACAACGUCAACGGUGGAUCCCAGGCUGCACAGUCCUUCCAAGCAGUAUUGACUCUUUCUCUUAUGUCUCAGCCGACGAUGAACCCAGUCGCAAUCUCGCAGUAUGACCAUGACUUCGAUGACACUGCCACUUUGUACAGCAUUCCCACUGCCGAUGCUCAAAGCGCCUGGCUGCGAACCAUGAAGCAGCAGAUAACACAGCGGCUCGCCAAUCUCGACGAAAUCCACAACCACCUCGCUCCCAUCAAUCUGCGCUUGCCAGACGACGUCUUCGCAAGCAUAUUCAUGUGCCUGCGUACUGUUGGGGGAUACCCGGACCUGGUUGCUGCGUCUGGAGUGUGUCGCCGCUGGCGAGACGCGGCUCUGAAAGCCCCGUGGCUGUGGGACUUGCUGGACAUCGCUAGACCCUUGGACUUUCUGAAGCUCAUUUUGGAACGCUCCAAAGACCUGCAACUCGUGGUCGUCGCAUCGAAACAUCGUAGAAGCCAUCUACACCAGGGGGGAAAUGUUCGUUUCGUCAACGAGUUUUUCAAGAAGCAACCUCGCCGCAUUCGCGCUGUGGAUUUGACAGCGUGCUCCGAUCACCACUUGGACUAUAUCGCCUAUGAGAUGCUCGCAGCACUGCCUCCGAUACGCAUCCUCGCUCUCGCAGUGGAUCAGAGCCCGGACGGUCUCAUGAGGUCAGAUCCGACAUGCGCGUCGCUUGCUGGAGUCCUGUCCCGCUGUGCUUCCCAUCUGCGCACCCUCCAGCUGGAGUGGAUCUGUCUUCCAUUGAUGCAUGCAUCGUUUCCAUCUCUCGUCACGCUCGAGCUCCGCCGCCCGUCGUGGGCGCCGAGCGUUCUGCCGAUUGUAACGGAUCGACUGAUAGACUUUCUCGAAAUGUGCCCCUCUCUGGAGACCCUCGUCUGCGAGAACAUUCGUUCAUUCUCCCGCAAAGGUGCCCGUCCGGCAAGAAGAUGCGUCAUGCUGCCUAGGAUCAAGAUGAUCUCCUUGGUGGAUAUGCCCGUCUCAGCUUCACGUAUCUUGUCGUGUCUUCGGGUUCUGCCUAACACGGCCGUCAAACUCGAGUUGGAGCCGCCGCCGCAUUCAUCAGAGGUCGAUCCUGACCCUAAGACGAUAUCGGGCGCGGUCCCUUGGCGCCGACUGGCUAACCUACUCGCGAUACGGCGCCUGGAGAUAGCGUACGAUCACCGGCGCUCGACGCUCAUGGUGAGCGGUUCUCAUCCUGGUCACGACUACAAGAUUCUCGUGUGGACACAAUACCUCCAGAAGGAUAUCUCUCGGCAAUUGUCCCUUCGUCCGACAUUCAUUCCGGGUCUACUAGAAGGUAUGAACGCCAACACACUAUCUCAAGUGAAAUCGUUGAGUCUGGGUGGGUCGCAACCAUCAUACAGUCGAAAGCAGUGGAAGGCGAUGCUGGGCUGGUUUCCUAGAGUCUGCGAUUUGACCAUCUCUUGGAAUAGUGCUCAGACAACGGCUGACUUCUUCGAGGUCAUGCAGAAGAUCGACUCCCCUGUCCCAGAGUCCACAAGGCGGGAUUGGGAUUACACAUACCUGUGCCCAUCGCUGCAGCGGCUCACUAUUUCCCGCAUCGUGGUCCACGGUACCUUCAACACUGGUCCAGACAAAUGGAUUGAGGAAGCAGUUGCGUUUCUCCGACGACGCCACAGCCUGAAAACUCCUAUAAAGUAUCUGGAGCUCAACUGCCUCUCGAAAUCGGAUCAUCGUUGGAUUACAGCUUAUGGUUCUGAGUUGAAAACCCUGGUCGACGAAUUCAAGUUGUCAUGA